ACAAUGUAAACACACAUACACACUGUCAUUUCUCCAAAAAAUAAACAAUUGUUUUUCUUUUUCUUGUGAGAAGAUUAUUGCUUUCGAACAGCAUAGCUUCAAGAACAGAACAUUUCUACGACCGCUGUUGCUUAGCUUAAUACGUGACCGACUUGGUGGGGUUAGAACGCAGCUUAACACGAACGCACAGAGUGGAAAAAAAUAAGAACGGAUGGAUGUCUGAGCUGACGUUGAUAAAAACUAAAUUACAGAGCACAACAACAAAAAUGCACGGGCGAAGCAUAAAAAUUAACCGUGGACCUGCGGCAAUUGCUGCCAUUGUUGUCCUGUGUUUCCUCUUCUACAUGUUCAGUGGCGGCGAAGAGGAACAACGUCCUCCCAUGUAUGGUAUGCUGAGACUCCAAAACAAAGUGAAUAUGCGUAAGCUGCUGAUAGGUGCCAUACAAGCGGCCCAAAAGGGCGGUCUUGAGAUUUUAGAGGUGGCCAAGAGCAGAGACUUGAAGGAGAAGAGUAAAGGUAAAACAGAUGAGGGUGCCAACGACCCGUACACCGAUGCUGACGGUCGUUCGCAUUGCGUCAUGAAGCAGGGUCUACAUAGAAUCUUUCCACGUGUCACAAUCUUUUCGGAGGAGGACAAGGAGAGCUGUGCUGAGGCCAAUACCUUCGACUUGGACCCCACAGUAUUGCAUGAGACGGCUGUGAUACCUGAUAAACUGGUGAACAUCAAGGAUGUAACGGUGUGGAUAGAUCCUUUGGAUGCCACACAGGAAUUUACAGAACAAUUAUAUGAAUAUGUCACCACCAUGGUUUGUGUUGCAAUACGUGGUGAACCUGUAAUUGGUGUCAUUCACAGUCCCUUUAGUGGCCAAACUGCCUGGGCAUGGGUUGACCAUUCCAUGUCUGAAUAUCUAUCACAAAUCCAUCCUGAUCGCCCAAAUACUGACAGUCCUAUUAUCACCGUCUCCCGUUCUCAUGCUGGCGAUGUCAAGGAUUUGACGCGAUCAGUUUUCGGUGAAAACUCUAAUAUCUUGACAGCAGCUGGUGCAGGCUAUAAAGUGCUACAGGUUGUUGCCAACAAUGCCACAGCCUAUUUACAUUCAACGAAAAUUAAGAAAUGGGAUAUCUGUGCCGGUGAUGCAAUCCUCAGGGCAUUGGGUGGUAAAAUGACUACCUUGGAUGAUGAGUUGAUUGAUUAUGGUCCUGGCGAAUCGCCGGUCAAUACAAGAGGUCUUUUGGCCACCAUUGUUAAACAUGAUGAAUAUAUUGAGAAACUAAUGGACUACAGGGAUAGCCAUAAAAAAAGCACCAAACAGCGGUAGUAAGAGAUAAGAUAACCCUCAACAGCCAAAUUAUGUGGCGCGGACUGCUGUUCCUAUGUAAAUGUAGCCGAGCAAUUCAAAUAGAAUUUUAAGUUAAUUUAUAGUGAAAAAAAGAUAUUUAAACCAAAUUUAUGUUUACCACAACAUUGUUCAAUGACUGUACCGAAAAAAGCAAAACAGUGAUCAGGCAAAUACGAAAAAGAAUAAUAUUUCCAAAAAUAUCAAUGAAAAGGAA